GCACGGCGGCACUUUCAAAAAGGCGGAGAUCCAUCGUCACUCGUCAGCAGUCAGCAGCGCACUUAUCUUGAAAUUUAAUCUCCGUGUUUGCUUUAAAAUGCGCCUGUUUGCGCCGCGUACGCGCUGACGUGUUGUCCGGACGAGUGCAGGACGAUGCGCCAUCCCGUCAACGGUGCUGGACGAACGCAGGCGGCGCUGCUGAGAAGAAAAUGCUGCUCGAGUGACUGAACGCGGUGCAAAGCUGGCGGACGCGAUGGACGACGCCCUGAGCGAGGAACUCGGCGCCGCCGACGAGUACACGCUGACCACCUUCCUCUCGUGGGCCUCCUCCCUGGCCAUGAUCUUCGGUGGCGUCGUCCCUUACAUUCCACAGUACGCGGAGAUCAGGCGGUCCGAAAACGCCGAGGGCUUUUCCUUGUACGUUUGUUUUGCCCUGCUCAUCGCCAAUACUCUCAGGAUUCUGUUCUGGUUCGGCAGAGGAUUUGAGCUUCCCCUGCUCAUCCAGAGCGUAAUCAUGAAUUUUGCCAUGCUGGCGAUGAUCAAGCUGUGCGUGGAUGUGAAAAACAAAACAAUCGUCAAAUUGUCCAAAGACAGACAUUUUACAGGCGGAGCUUCUAAUUUGGUGCACCACACUUUGCGUGACUUUGACCUCGACUUCUUCUGGCAAUGGACGGACUUCCAGUCAUACGUGGAGUGCAUGCUCUUCGUCACUGCAAUAGGCAGUGCGGCCCUUUACGUCUUUUCUCCGUCUUACUGGUUCGUCGAGGGACUGGGGCUUUUCGCAGUCCUUUCCGAAUCGCUGCUCGGCGUGCCUCAGCUGCUGAGAAACUUUAAGCAAAAGUCCACAGAAGGAAUGAGUGUGAAUAUGGUCCUGAUGUGGACAAGUGGUGAUACCUUUAAGACUUGUUACUUCAUAGUAAAGAAAGUACCAAAGCAAUUCCCUGCCGGCGCAAUUAUGCAGGUCAUCGUUGACAUUCUCAUCAUGAUGCAAGUGUACGUGUACCGAGGGAAGGCACGACAUGCUGUGCGCCAAGAAUGAGCUGAAUCAAAUAACUUUUGAGUGGUUACUAUGGCCUCGCAAGCGUUUUGAAUUCACUGUUUUUUGUAAAAAUAACUUAAAUAGUUUUUGAAGACACUGUUUUGAUUUGCAUAAGUAAAUAAUACAUUUUGUAUAAAUGUUGAAAUAAGGAAUUUUGAAAAUUGAAGAUUUAACUGUCAUUUAUAAUAAAUUUUCCUAAAACACAA